AGGGGGCAAAAGUGGCUAGGUGUCAUUUUCUAGAAACAUAGAGAAUAUAGAAUCUUAGUAGUAGUAUCUUAACUCUCUCUCUCUCUCUCUCUCUAUGCAUAUGAACAUAUUAUAUAAUGAGUAAAAAUAAUUAGUGUUACAUAGAACUAAAUAGUGUAUAAUUAGGGAGAGAGAGAGAGAGAGAGAGAGAAUGGGAAGAGGGAGAGUAGUUUUGGAGAGAAUAGAGAAUAAGAUCAAUAGGCAAGUAACAUUCUCAAAGAGAAGGAGUGGAUUGUUGAAGAAAGCUUUUGAGCUUUGUGUGCUAUGUGAUGCUGAAGUAGCACUUAUCAUCUUUUCAAGCCGUGGCAAGCUUUUUCAAUACAGCAGCACUGAUAUCAACAAAAUCAUUGAAAGGUAUCGCCAAUGUCGUUACAGCAAGUUACAAGCUGAAAACUUAGGACACAAUGACUCACAGAAUUUAUACCAGGAGUACUUGAAACUAAAGGCAAGAUAUGAAUCUCUUGACCGAAAGCAGAGGCAUAUUUAUGGGGAAGACCUUGAGGAACUUAGCAUGAAAGAAUUGGAGAGCCUUGAGGAACAGCUAGACAUAACGCUCACACAAGCUCGACAACUACAAAUAAAGAAGCUAUCAGCACGAGCAGAGGAACUACGUGAAAAAGUCCAUAACUUAGAGGAGCUUAACAAAACAUUGGAGCCUAAGGUAAUAGAUGAAUUCUCAAACAUUCUUGCUGACAAAACAAGCCAUAUUCAAUUGGAAGCUAUAGAAGCCAAUCAUUUUGAAUAAGGGAAAACCUUGAAAAGAAUCAUCUGGUUUUUUAUACCAUGAAGCUACUUCAAAGGGGAAAGUAACAAGAACAAAGGACGAUCCCAACAAUCACAACAACAAAAAAUCAAUGGAUGGUUACAAUUAUCGUGGACACUAACCUAUGUAUUUUAAAUACUUCCCACCAUCCCUAUAGUAAUGGUUUAUGGAAAUUUAGUAUAGUCAAAUAAAUAUAUAUAUUUAUUAAACCAUUGUUAAAUAAUUGUAACAAACAUUCCAAUCAUGAUAUGCCUGAAAACAAUGGACACAUGAGUAAUCUUGAUUGUCUGUCUAAUAUAUAAAAAAAAUAAUAUAAUAUAUAAUA